AUGAAGGUGGCGCAUAUUACUCUGUGUCUUUAUGGUUGUUUCCUGCACUUACGUUUUUCUUUAGCGUGUCAUUGGAGCUUCCAGUGCCCUUACAGAGCGCAAAGCUGCUGUAAAAAGACAGAGACUGGAACAAUGCUAGCGGAGGGGCUUUGUGUUUUUGGAACUUGUGGAGACGGUGUUUGUCGCACCAAACACGAUUGUUCACCAAAUAAGAGAUGCGUCACUACUCCUAGAGAUGAACUUCGAUUUCGCUGUACGACAGUGUGCUGCACUGAUUAUGACUGUCGAGAGAUGUAUGGUGAAAAUAGCGGAUACAUUUGUUCCUACAACGAAGUAAUCAAACAGGAUCAAUGCCUUUUUGAGGAGAACAGUGAUUCCACACAGUCGACAAUCGACAUGCCGGAUUCUAAUACCGGGUUUGGUACCGGUCGUAUCAUGUUCAUUUCGUUUGGAAUAAUAGUCUUCUGUCUGAUUGUCGGCUGCUUGUGCAACUGGAUAAAGCGCAGGGAAAUGGCCACCAGAAAUGCACCUUCAAUAGGAAGAGUUAAUGCACUGGAAAGAAGGAAUGUUGCAACGAGUUUGGUUGAAAUACCCGUAGCAUCAGUGCAAACGACCUCCAUUCACACACAGAGCGAACACUCCAACGGUCUAACCCCUGAUGCUAUUGCCGUAACUGGGCCCCCUGUAUAUAUGGAGGUUAAAGACGUACCAGAAUGUCCUCCACCAACUUAUGAAGAAGCUACAAAGGCCCGCCCUGAAAAUUAG